GGAUGAGUAAAAAACUAGAGAGUAAUCCACGUAACAUACCAGCAGCACCUUUUGUAAACGAUGUCGUUGAGUACAUUGGUGGACAGGAUGCAGAAGUUGAUAGCGCAUUGAAACAGUUUCAAGAAAUGGCUGCAAAGUAUAGAUACAUGGAAAUAUCUUUACUACAAAAGAAAAAGUCAUUAGACGUUAAAAUUCCUGAUAUAAAGAAGACAUUAGCGAUGGUUAAACAUUUGAAUAACAAUAGAGAAAGUAGCAAUAAGACACUAUUCGAAUUGCACGAUACAUUAUACGCAGAAGCUGAAUUAGAGAAUACAGACGUCGUCUAUUUGUGGUUAGGAGCCAACACCAUGCUUAGUUAUAAAAUACCAGAAGCUAUUGCGCUUUUAGAUAACAAGUUAAAGCUCGCAGAGACGUCAUACAAGAACAGCAACGAAGACUUAGAGUUCAUUAGAGAACAAACUACUAUCACAGAUGUAAAUACAGCUAGAAUAUGGAAUUUUGACGUAAAGAGAAGACGAGAGAAGAGAGAAGUUGAAGAAAAAUAAUCUUGUAGCCAAACGACGAUGAACAGAAGUCACUUUUUGAAUGAUAGAUUGAUUUACAUUCCUGAUUUCAUUACCCAAUCUGAGGAGAAUAGCUUGAUAGACACUCUAGAGAAUCGUAUAACACAACGUCAAUGGAGGUAUGACGGCGGUUAUAAGCAUCAAUUCAUUGGUGGACAACUAACAAAAGCUGGAAAGUUAAUACAGAGUAGCACACCUGAUCAUAUAAACAGCAUUUAUACAAGAAUACAGGAUUACACUUCUGUAUUACCCAACUAUUCAGAGUUAUACGUCAUACAACCAGGACAAGGACACUCUGGUAGUGUGAAAGCUACAACAGCUACUCUAACGUUAUCGACACAUCUAGUAGUGCAGACUGAACUUGCUAAUACACCCAUAUUAUUAGAGCCCCGUAGUUUACUCAUAGCCGUUGAUAAUGGACCGCCUAAUGUUAUUCCAGGCGCAGUUGAUAGAGUAACUUCACCACCAGCUUCUUUAUUAAACGCAGAACAUUUAACAAAAGAUAAAUAUAAAAGAUUCGUGAUUUCUGGUGGUCAAUUACCGCGUUC